AAUGCUUUUGAUAUAUCGUACAAAACACAUUACAUAAUAAAUAACCUUCGUAUGUUAUCGUCUAUCUACGGUUUAAAUAUUUGCUUAGCGUUACAUUGAUUAAAUUACAAGGACAGAGAACUGUGUCUGAACCAACGUAAACGGAUCUGAAAGUAUGGAGGAUGUACCUGGAACCUCCAAAGCUCCUUAUAUAACGCCGGGAAAAUCUACAGAAAAUUUCUUCCGCCUCUGUCAACUCAUCAUGACUAUUUGUAGCGAUUUGCUGCGGGACAUCCUCAGUCAUUACAUUCCACCCUCUAACCUCAGAUCGGAGCUAGAUAAGAACAGAAAAAAGUUGGAAAAUAAAAUGAACCAUCAGCAAAGAAGUCUUAUAUACCCAACCACCGGAAAUGCACCUCUAGUCGCAAAGGACAUGGAUAUAAGUGUAAUUUACAUCAUUUUACGCAACAUUUGCAAGAUUUCUGGCCAUAAGAAGGGCUGGGGGAAUUCUCCAUUCAAGGGUGAUACAAGCCUCGCCGCAUGUAUAGAUAGAAUAAGAUUGCAAAGGAAUUCAAUAACAGGUCACUCCACAAAUGGCACGGUUGAAGAUGUCGAGUUUCAGAAUAUUUGGGCUGAACUAAGAGAUGCUAUUGUCGAUAUUGAGAAACAAUUAACAGGCGGAGAGUUAUAUCAAAGGCUUGUAGACACAUUGCUUACUUGUAAUCUCAACCCUACUGACGCUAAAAUGUAUAAAGAGAAGUUUGACAAAUUGCAAAGUCAACUCAUUGUUAAACAAGAGAAUAUCGAGAGCAUCGAGCAAGAACUGCAAGAACAGAUUUCCAUGAAAAGAGAAAGAGUAGAUAAUUUAGAAAAGAAGGUUGAAAAAUGCAGUGAGAGAAAGAGAAAAAAUACAGAGUUUUCUAAGCGAAGGAAAAUUGAAGAUCUUGAAAAAAGACUCAGAAGAUUAGAAGAUCUGGAGAAAAGAGUAAAAAGUUUGGAAGAUGAACAAAGGAGACUGACAUCUAAGAUAACAG